GAAAAGGUUAGUAACAAGCCAAAGAACAAGAUCACAACAGGGACUCCCUUUGGUGCAAUUCAUCAUUUCUUCUUCGUAUAAUUGGUAAAGUGCGAACAUUUGCUCGAAUCUCUUCCGUGAAAAUCGCAUUGCUAUGAAGAAGAGACGAGUCUUGAGAGUGGAUGAUCUCAAGUCUCAACUGUGUAAGACGGAGUAUUUACCAGAAAAAAAUGGGGAGGCCCCUCCAAUGCCUCCCUGACUCCAUCACUGAUUUGUUCUGAAAGAUGAGAAAUCGCACUCCGAGUUUGACAUUCGGGCCCAGGAAAAUUGGGAGGGUGAUCAGAAGCAGGUCUCGGUUCUUCUCUUGGAAGACAAAUUGGAGAAGAAAACGUCCUUAUCUUGUAGCUGCAGUGAUGUCAAGCUUAGAAUCUCGUCCUUGGCUGUUUAUAAUAGAUUUACUCUGCUGAGGACUAGAACAGGUCUUGUAAUGAGGGACGUUUAUAAAAAUAAGAAUUGCCUAAUAUAUUAAAGAUGAAUCGUUAGCUGCCAGCUCUCAUGCGCCGAUAAUUCAGAAACUCUCAGUUCCGACUUCCUUCUUCGGCAUAAAACUAUGGAUUGUGAUUGUGAUAUGCGCAUCUCUCAUCAUAUUACUCGUUCUCUUCAUCAUUCUUUGGAUAAAGUGUUCAUGCCUCAAAAAGACUCGUAAUGCACCGAAGCCUUUGGCAUCCAAACGCUUUCACCCUUACAGAAGCUCUUCUAUGAAUCAAAGGCUGCUUUCGCGAAAAGGGAUGGAGGUCGAGCUCAGCUUGGGGAUGCCGGAGAAGCGAGCUGCGUAUACUACUGGUCGCUUCCCCGGUCAAUACAGCAGAAGAAUGAGUAGCUUUGGGGACGAUAUAGAGGCUUGUUUGCCUAGAAACCGGUACAGUCUGGAGGAGAUGGAAGGUGCAACGAAUGGUUUUGCUUCUUGGAAUGUGAUCAGCUGUGGAGAUCGUGCCAUUGUUUAUCGUGGUGUCUUGUCGAAUCAUACUCGGAUCGCCAUAAAAAGAUUGUUAAGCAACAGCGAUGAAGCUGAGGAGUUUAUUAGAUCUGUAGAGAGAGUUUGGUGUAUAAGGCACAGAAACUUGGUGAAAUUAGUAGGGUUUUGCAUGGAAGGAAUGUACAGGGCACUUGUGUAUGAAUAUGUAGACAAUGGUACUCUAAAACAUUGGCUUCACGAUUAUGCAAGGGAAGUUAGCCCCUUAACGUGGAGCAUCCGGAUGAAUAUUAUUAUCGGCGUGGCAAAAGGUUUGGCUUUCCUUCAUGAAGAUUCAGAACUUUUACUGGUACACCAGAACUUGAAAUCACACAAAAUACUACUUGACAAGCAAUGGAAUCCCAAGAUAUCCGAUUUUGGCAUAACCAGUCCCUCAGAUUCUGCAUGCACUGAAUUUCUUGAUGAGAAGAGCGAUGUAUAUAGCUUCGGUAUACUUAUCAUGGAGAUCAUAUCCGGCAAGACGCAUAAAUUCUACACUGCUACUGAAACUGAGGAAUGUUUGAUCGAUUGGAUAAAGAUAAUGGUUGAACGCAAGAGUAUUGAUGAGCUAGUGGAUCCAAAGUUACCCCAAAUGCCUUCAGCCGUGGAACUUAAACGGAUUAUACUCAUAGCUCUUCGUUGUGUUGAUCCGGAUGCAGACGACAGGCCUAAAAUGGGAGAAGUGAUCCACAUGCUAGAGCCUCGCGACUUGCUCCUGAGUGAUGAACGUGUGAUUAAGAAACAGACUUCUCGUCGUAGUUCUGUUAAGGAAGAAGAUGUGCUGCAAGCGGCUGCUGCAUUGCAUUAAAAAAAAGCAUUUUGACUAGAAGCGGCUGCUACGUAUCAAGUUUGAGGAAUUUCUUGUGAUUAAUUAAUUAGUCUUCACCAACAUUUUUGCAACGAUAUUUGAUAUUGAAAAUGGUUUUGCCCUUUCUAAUUUUAUCUUGAAUAUUGUGGUCUGAAACAUCAAUAUGUCACAAGUGCGCUAAAUUAAGUCUCCAAUUGGAGCCACAAGUGGCGGUUGAAUUUCUCUUCUACCAUACUACAGCAGUUCGCCCUCUUCCGGAACCACCUCCAUGCGAGGAAGUAAUUUGGGGAAAGUUUUUAUUUUCGUAUUAUUUUUCCUUUCGCAGUACUUAUUUUUAUUUCAGUUCGAGCGGGUAUAGUCGAAGUAUUUUGGUUUUUGAUGAACUCUUGAUAGGCAGUGUUUCAUUUUCGAUCGUUUUAGGCUUCCUCUUGCCCUUUUUGUGUCUAACGAGUCAGGUUGCUUUGAAAUUUGAAUGGGUGACUGACUAAGUCUAUUCCUAGGGCUUACGAUCAGAUAUGUAAUAUAUGUUUUUGGAUUUGGUCUUGCGUGUUUGCUUUGUUUUAAUGGAAAGCCGUUUUGAUGAUUAAAAAAAAUUAGCUUGAAUAUUCAAUACUCUGCAAUUU